UUCAUUUUCAAUUUUCGGAGGAUGUUUUUUGCGCAGAUGUUUGGAAAAAAUGGCAAAAAGAGCCUUAAAUUGGGAAUGAAGUCCUGAUUAGGGGGAUUCCAGUGCAAUCUGGCAACCCGAGCGGGAGGAAGCACGUGGUCGCGGAGCAGGAAGAGGAGCGACCAGCACAGCGCAGGAGGAGAAGCAGAUCCUGUGACUGAGGAAGCUCUAAACUGAAGAUGACUCAGAUGGACCUGCUGGUCACUAACGUGGCUGACCUCUUGGCCACUGCCGUACACGAAGUUCUGCGUCUGAUGGGUCAGGCCGUGUCCGAGUACAGAGAAGAGUCGGCCAGAAUGCGGCAAGAGAACCAGAAACUACAGCGUAAAAUGGAGGAGCUUCAAAAGAGGCUGGACGUAUCAGACACAGUGCAGCAAGUCUCAUCCUCUGGAUCUGCUGAAGCGUCUUCCUUCGAGGUGCAUCAUCAGCAGAUGCUGGGCUGUAGACUGGAGCAGGAGCCGAUGGUCUCAGAGGAGGAGCAUAAACAUCCUGAAUCGCAGAACCAGUCAUUUAAAGAGGAGAAAACAAGCGAAAUCCAGCUGGAACCAGAAGAACAGGCUGUAAACACCGAAUGGCUCUCUAAACCCACAUCUCCAACAUGUAACUCUUCUCCAAAGAGCAAGAGACCUUUCUCAAGGCAGAGGAAAUCCACCCCAGCUUCACCAAACAUCUCUGCAGUGCUGGAAAACGGUGAGUUUGAAAUGCCACGGUGUACGAUUUCAAAUAACGUUAAAAUGGAGUUAAACCCAGAGCCUCCAGAAUGUGUCCUAGCAGGCCAGUCUGAUGGAUUCAUGCCAAAUGAUGCUGUCUUUAACCGUAUGACUCUAGAAGAUGGACAAAACCAGCAGCCCUACAGCCCAGGCCACUCUGAGCACGGCUAUAUUGUACAAGAGCAGUAUGUCUUACCGCAUACAAACAUCCUUAGCUCCAGAGUGGACAACAUGCUGGAUAUUCCCAACCCAUCCCGCUUAAACAUGAGGAGAGAAAGCUUGCACGCCUGCCACAUUUGUGGCAAAACGUUUGCGACGUCCUCCAGCCUCGGAGCACACUUCGUAUGCCAUUCUAACGAAAGGCCCUUUGCAUGCAAGUGCUGUAACUUCAGGUUCAGCCGUCUGGCAGAUCUGAAGAAGCACGAACGCAUCCACACCGGAGAAAGACCGUACAACUGCAGCCUGUGUGGAAGGAGGUUUAACCGCACGGAGAACCUGCGACGCCACCUGAGGAAAGUCCACCAUGGAGCGAUGCUCUAGAGAGUGGACUGACCUGUCCAGGCUCUGGCCACAAAUCCAUUCUAUUGCAGAUACUGUUGCUACAAGAUUUAGAGAACAUUAGCAAAUAUCCCACUUAACACAGUUUAUAUCACAAUACCUACAUUUAGAGCCGGUUAUUCAUUCAGCCUCAUGAGAAACUGUAGAACAGACUCAGUUUAUAUCACAAUACCUACAUUUAGAGCCAGUUAUUCAUUCAACCU